UCAAAAUGGCGCCCCCGACUUCGUUAGGAGAUGCUCCGAAUGAAUUCAAGCUCAAUGAGCCCCCAGAUGAUGGUAUUUCUGCUGUAAAAUUCAGUCCAACUUCAGUUAACUUUUUAUUGGUUUCCUCUUGGGAUUCGGGUGUCAGGCUUUAUGAUGUCCAGGAAAAUACAAUGCGUUUAAAGUACAACCAUACUAGCGCAGUCUUAGAUUGUUGUUUUCAAGAUGGCGUUCAUUCUUACAGUGGUGGAUUGGACAAAACUCUCAAAAUGUAUGACUUUAAUGCAACCCAAGAACAGAUUGUUGGAAUGCAUGAAGGAGCAAUCCGUUGUGUUGAAUACUGCCAACCUCUAAAUCUCAUCAUCACUGGAAGCUGGGAUAAGUCAAUCAAAUUAUGGGAUCCCAGACAAAAGCAGUGUACUGGAACAUAUGCACAGCCUGAGAUGGUUUAUUCUAUGGGACUUGCUGAUGAAAGACUUGUUGUCGGAACUGCUGGUAGAAGGGUCAUGGUUUGGGAUCUCAGAAACAUGAGUUAUGUUCAGCAGAGGCGAGAAUCAAGCUUAAAGUAUCAAACUAGAUGUAUACGCUGCUUCCCAAACAAACAGGGUUAUGUACUGAGUUCAAUAGAAGGCAGAGUUGCUGUUGAAUUUUUCGACCCAAGCCCUGAAGUCCAAAAGAAAAAAUAUGCCUUCAAAUGCCACCGCAUCAAAGAGAAAGAUAUUGAGCUUAUUUACCCUGUCAAUGCAAUAGCUUUCCAUAAUGUACAUAACACAUUUGCCACAGGAGGUUCUGAUGGAUUUGUUAACAUUUGGGAUGGAUUUAACAAGAAACGCUUAUGUCAGUUCCACAGGUAUCCCACAAGUAUAUCCUCACUGUCAUUUAGUCAUGAUGGUGGUCUUCUGGCCAUUGCAAGCUCAUACAUGUAUGAAGAAGAUGAAAAAGAUCAUCCACCAGACGCUGUAUAUAUUCGCCACGUAUCUGAUGCUGAAACAAAACCCAAGUGAAUGUAUAUACACACCAUAAAUAAUAACCAAAACCAUGACCAUCUAGCAGUCAGUAGACACCUGGGUAAUACAGUCAAGAUCAACUAUUAUACCACGAAUGUCAUUCAGAAGACCAUGGCAAUCAGAAGACCAUCAUUUCAACUGCUUACACCUUCAUAAUUAUUUUAAUUGUACAACAGAGUACUGUAAAAUAUUAAGUUGAUGCUUUUUUAUUGUUUGUUUUUGGCCUAAAAACUGUACAUGUAUGUUUUAGAAAAAUGCUUAUGAUUGGGAUUCCUCUGGUAUCUGAUUACUAUUUUUCCAAUCUCGUUCCCAGGGCUUCUCUGCUUGCUUUUUUCAAAUGGAAAUAGGACCUGGGAACUAGGUUGCUAUUUUCCAAAUCAUCUGAUGGCAAAGGAAUCCCAAAAUACAAACUUAAAUAAUUAAGUAUUUCCAAGGGAAAAAAUGUUACAAUAACGUUGGUCUACCUCGUGAUAUCCCAUGAACUUGUAUGGAUUUUGCAAGGAACGACAAAACUACAAUGUAAUUUUUUUUACUUGUGCAAACUAUGUAUUUCAGUUGUAAAUGCAUAUACUUUUUGAUAUUGAAAGAAUAGCUAUUUGUACCAAUUUAGACUCUGAGUAUAUUAAAUGUUCAUCCACUAUAAGCA